GCAGCUACCUCUUCCAAACCCUCCUGCCCGCCCACUGAACUAUAUAUGAUCCCUCAAUACCAGCCUUUGCUCUGUGGAAUCUUCUGCUGUUACACUGCAAACACUGCUUAUUCCAAGUCAUAAGCAGCUGAGAAGAUCUGACCAGAAGGCACUCAACAUGGCAGCAAAAUGUGGAGCAUGUGGUCCUGGGUACAAGACUCCUUUAGAUGCCAUGAAAGGUCCCAGAGAGGAGAUUGUGUACCUGCCCUGUAUCUACAGAAACACUGGGAUAGAGAAGCCUGACUAUCUGGCAACAGUGGAUGUUGACCCCAAAUCUCCACACUACUGCCAGGUGAUCCACCGCCUGCCCAUGCCCAACCUCCGAGACGAGCUCCAUCACUCUGGGUGGAACACCUGCAGCAGCAGCUUUGGGGACGUCACAAAGAAACGGAACCGGCUGCUUCUUCCCAGUCUGAUUUCUUCCCGCAUUUAUGUGGUGGAUGUGGGCACAGACAUGCGGGCUCCCAGGAUUCAUAAGAUGAUUGAGCCAGUGGAUGUAUUCUGGAAGUGCGACUUAGCCAAUCCCCACACAACUCACUGCUUGGGCAAUGGUGAGAUCAUGAUCAGCAGCAUGGGAGACCCAUCUGGCAAUGGCAAAGGUAUUUAUCCCCCUUAGUUAUUCAAGCAAAGGAAUCCUUGCUACAAAACUGGC